GAGCCAGAGAGAGAGAGUUACUUGCGUAUGCCUCCAUCUGUGCGCCACACGACCAUUGCGCACAGUGAAGGUUGAACAAGCCGUAACUCCAACGCGCACCGAGAGUCCAAGAGUAAAAGGCGUCGUUUUUCUUGAUUACCGACGCUGGGGGAGGAUAAAAAACUUCCCGCGACGUGUUGUUUUUCUCUUCCAAGUCAAGACACCAGUGUGCAGGUCGACUCCCAUCCUGCAAGAGCUGCGUUUUUCCCCCCACAUUUGAGCGCAGAUUAAUAUGCUCUUCAUCCAUUUAAUUCACAGCAUUACUCCUUCCCUCAGAAACCAUGGGUUCUGUGAUGUUGGACCGGAGGUUUUCAUGCGUUCUGGUGCAGGCAGCUGUUUGGCUGCUGCUCAGCAAGGGGGAGAGGACGUGUCCUGUGAGUUGUCGCUGCGAAGGCAAGCUCGUCUACUGCGAAUCUGGCAUUUUCCGAGACAUCCCAGAAAACAUCACAGCGGGAUGUCAAGGGCUCUCUUUGCGUUAUAACAACCUGCUGCUUCUCACGCCGUACCAGUUUGCACAUCUCAAUCAGCUUGUGUGGCUCUACCUGGACCACAAUUCCAUCAGCGCUGUGGAUGUUUUAGCCUUCCAUGGCGUGAGGAGGCUCAAAGAACUCAUUCUCAGCUCCAACAAGAUAACAGACCUGCAUAACAACACAUUCAGCGCCAUUCCAAACCUGAGAAAUCUGGAUUUAUCCUACAAUAAGCUCCAGUCUCUGCAACCAGGACAUUUAUUUGGCCUGCGAAAGCUCCAGAAUCUACACCUUCGAUCUAACGGACUGAAGCAAAUAUUUGUCCGUACCUUUCUGGAAUGCCGUAGCCUGGAGUUCCUGGAUUUGGGUUACAACCGUCUACGGAGCCUCACCCGGACAACCUUUUUAGGACUCUUUCGACUGAAAGAGCUUCAUUUGGAGCACAAUCAAUUUUCAAGGAUUAAUUUCUACAUUUUCCCACGCCUGACCAACCUUCAGGCUCUUUAUUUGCAAUGGAACCGCAUCCGAGCCAUCAGUCAAGGCGUACCGUGGACCUGGUUGAAAUUGCAGAAACUGGACCUUUCAGGGAAUGACAUCCAAAUGUUGGAUCCGAUGGUUUUCCAGUCCAUGCCAAACUUACAAACGCUCAAUUUAGAAUCCAACAAGCUGAGGAGUGUGUCUGUGGAAGCCGUGGCAGCAUGGUCUUCAGUGUCCACCAUCAGCUUGGCUGGGAACUCCUGGGACUGUAGACCGAGCAUCUGCCCGCUUAUGGGAUGGCUCCGAACCUUGAAGGACGCCAAGGACAUCAGUAUGAUAUGCAGCAGUCCCAAAUCUGUGCAGGGAGAGAAGGUCGUGGAUGCAGUCGCCAACCACUCCACUUGUGUGGACAUGUCUCAUGUGUUUUCCACCACUGCUCUUGUUAUAUUGACUUCCAUCCCCUUUGAGAAGAACAGACCCCACCUUCCUCUCCCAGGUGUCACCCAACUGGCUCAUAGUGAGUCACCUGUGCAGACAUCAUCACCUUCAGCCAUUUUGCCUAAUAUGACAUUCAUACAGACAGUAAUGCCCACAACCACAGGCUCCUCAUUGCCACCCUCUCCGGAACCUUCUACCUCGUCCUUCCCCGAGAUACCAUUCGAGCAUAUGGCUUUCCAUAAAAUCAUUGCAGGCAGCGUAGCCCUGUUUUUGUCAGUAUCAUUGAUCCUCCUGGUUAUUUAUGUCUCAUGGAGGCACUACCCUAACACCAUGAAGCAGUUGCAGGAGCACUCAGUCAAACAUAAGCGCAGGAAAAAAGGCCGCAAGCAGGAGCAGGACCUUAAUUCUCAGUUGCAAGAGUAUUAUCUGAGCUACCAUUCAAACUCAGAAACCAUGAAUUCGCUGGUGAACGAGACAAGGCCGUGCACAUGCACUAUAUCAGGAUCAAUAGAAUGUGAAGUAUGAGAGCUCCUCUCCUCUUUAAGAGACGAGAUGUGACAGCUUUUUCAUUAGAUAAGUGAUUUUAUAAGAAACGGCUUCAUGGGAUGGUUCACUGCACUGCCGGAAGUGUUUGCAUCAAAUGUAUUCUAACUGUGUGGACAGAGCAGAGCACGGAGAUAUUUUAGGAAAGAGCUCAUUAUCGCUAUGACUGACAUGAGCGCAGUGGCAGUGGCGAUGGCAGCCAGGUUACCUGUGGAUGACCCGAAAGGACCAGAGGUCAGCUCUGUACAUAGCUUGACCCUUUGUUAAUCACCUAAUAUAAACCAACAGAGACAUUUUUUUUACUACUCACAUUGUGUUACUUAACCUGUAAAGUAUUUACUAUGGUGGAUCAUUGAGAAUAGAAAUAUGUACGUUGUGUGUGUGUGUGUGUGUAUGUGUAUGGUAAAAGAGGGGAAAGAAUGCGUAAUUAGAAGAGUUCCUGGCUGAUAAUUACUGGCACGGUUAUUCUUUUAAAUAUAUCUAUCAUUUUUUUUGCAUGGUCUCAUCCUCUUUAUGAAUGAUUCCCAUUCUCUCUUACUUAGAUUGUCUAUUUUAAAUCUGCAUUGUCAAUCACCCUGAGUUUGAUUAAAAGCUCAGUUUUUAUGUUUAAAAAAAAUGUACGUGUGGUUGUUAACUGGACAAAACAAAACAUGAUGACCACUUGCACAAUCUCAUGAGAUCCAAUACAAGAGCUGUCUCUUUAAAAUGAUAAUAAUAUAUAGUAUUUUAAUUAACAAUAUGUGUAAUAUUGUUGUUGCUACAGUGGAGUCAUAAUGUGAGAAAAAGCAAAUUAUAACUACAUUAAUGCACAUAUUGUGAAAUUAAUAGUGAAAUUCCAUCCAUCCAUUUACUAUACCGCUGAUCUUCACGAGGGCAUGCUGGAGCCUAUCCCAGCUGUCUUUGGGUGAGAAGCGGGGGCACACCACCCUGGACUGGUUUCCAGCCAAUCACAGGGCACACAUAGACAAACAACCAUUCACACUCAUACCUAUGGACAAUUUGGAGUCCAUUAGCCAAUCAACCUAGCAUGUUUUUGGAAUGUGGGAGGAAACCGGAGUACCCGGAGAAAACCCACAAUUGCACGAGGAGAACAUGCAAACUCCACACAGAGAUGCCCGAGCAGGGAAUCGAACACUGAUCUCUGCGCUCUAACCACUCUACCAUGCAGCCCAAUAGCGAAAUUAAUAGUGUUUAAUAGGGAGAAAAAAAGUGAUCCAAAACAUGAAAAGCAGAACAAAGGUGUAGAAAUACCAAUUCCCUUUUUUUCACUUUUUUUGUGUUUUAUUUAUUUUUUAUUUUUAAUGUCACAAGCAAGACUGAGCCGCCUGUUAGUGCUUUAGUGCUUGUUAGGUGGGGGGUGGUGGGGGGAAUACUAUAUGUAUAGGUGAAUAGCUAUAUGGACACUGAUCACUCCUGCUACAUCUUCGUCUUACCUGGCAGACCAUGUACUACGUAUGAGGUGUGGUAGGAAGCACAGUAACCACAAGCUACACAGACUUUUUUCCAUUAUAAUGUGUUUUUGAGGGAGAACAAACAGGCCACAUUAGAUCCAUAAAUACUAGGACAACCACAUAAAGAUACAGUUCUUGUAUUCAUGUGCAAGUGAUCCGAAUGCUUUUGUAUAUUUGUCAUACUAUUGAGCUUCCUUUUCUUAUGCUGAUGCAUCGUUUGUGUAAAGACAUACUAAAUGUGGUUACUAGGCAUUGUGUGUGAUGAUAACUUUGAAAUUAAAAAAAAGUGCUGAUGAUGAAAA